AGUCAGUACAGCAGUUUGGCUUAUCUGCUAAGCCAGACACGUACACGCCUUUAUGUUUAACGACUUGUGGUCAAAAGCGGACAAACAAGCGCUUCUGAGUGACGGCAGGACUAUUCCUGUGAUGUUUUCAUGUAUUUUGUUGGUUCCGUUAAUGCUCAGUAACACCUCUGUGCUGCAGGACUCAGGCAGAUCCUUCAGUAUUUUUGCAUCAGUGUCCAACAUGUCUGUGGAUUGGGUAGGAUACGGAUACGCCACUCUUGUAGCAUCAGGAGGAGUCAUUGGUUACGUGAAAGCAGGCAGCGUUCCCUCCCUGGCUGCUGGGCUUCUCUUUGGCGGCAUUGCUGGUUUCGGAGCCUACCAAACCUCAAAUGACCCUAAAAAUAUUUGGGUGUCCCUAGCUGCAUCAGGAGCACUGACUGGUAUUAUGGGGAAGAGGUUUUACGGAUCCAGGAAGUUCAUGCCAGCUGGUUUCAUGGCUGUAGCAAGUGCUCUGAUGGUGGGGAAGCUUACUUUGGCAUUGCUCCAGAAACCCAUAGAGUCGUGAUGAAGUUCAUAUGUGGAAACAUGGGAAAAAAAUCGGUUCCCUUCAGAAGCACCCUCUCAGCAUUUGUCAUAUCCUGCUAAAAAUGUCAUUUUAUUAAAAAGUUUAUAUUUGACAAUUAAAUGUACUAGCCUGUUUAUAUAGCAAA